CAUGAUAAAUAUACUCGCAAUUUCUUCUGGACAAUGUUUGACAUUAAAAGACGAUAUCAGAAUGUCGAAAAUCUUCUGAACGACCAAAAUGGAGCUCGAUUUGCGGAUGAGGCGACAAUACGUCAGGAAAAAAUAACACACAUCAAGCAUAAUGUGAAAAAUUUGCAUAUUUUAGCAUAUUUUGUUAUAGCUAUUUUAGUUUGUCUUUAUGCUUUCCGUCUGAUUUCAAACCACUCAAGCGACACAAGUCCAGAAAUAUCUCUUAAAGACGUAGCCAAUAAAGCUAUUGUUUCGGAUCCGUUUGCCAGUAUUUAUAACUUGGAUUUGUCUUAUUUCACUGGGGUUAUGAAAGAUAAUUUGAAACGAAAUAGUCAGAGCGAUUUACCUGGUCAACUGGACUCGGGUAAUAUUUGUGAUUUACGUCGAUUUUUCUUACACGAAGCUACAAAGGCUAAAUUUAUUUCGGAUUACCGCAACAAAAAAGCGGUGCUGUUUUACGGCGAUGUUUUGAAUGAUUGGGUACACCCUAAUGCGUGGCAGUAUUCGAAUUUGAACUCGACCUUUAAAGAUACGAUUGUUCAGUUCGGACGAUCGGUUGAUUCGGAUUUUGAGUUACGAGAGACAACUUUCAGUAAUUUUCUGAAGAAUCUAAUUGGUCAAACUGAUUUGAGAGGCGAGCCAUGGCAAAUACGGGACUCACAAAUUCUAUCCAGCAACAGGAAAUCACUGCUCAAGACUAAGACGUUCUUCCCAGACGAAUGGAAUUCUGCCAAGUCUGACCUGCAGCUGGGCACAACUCUCUCGUCGACUGGAUUCAAAAUGAGCCCAUCUGGUCCCACUAUGGUUGGAGUUGUGAAGGGAAGAACCAGACUGUUUGUGUAUCCAACUUCAGUCACGCCACCUGCAGGCUACGAGCAUGACGUGGACAUGCUCUCGUGGUUUCAGUUGAUCUACCCGAAAUUGAGAAGAGACGAUGAAAACAGGCCGAUGGAGUGUAUCUUGGAAAAGGGAGAUAUCGUCCACAUUCCGGAGGCCUGGUUCUGGGGCUCUAUUAACAUCGGCACUACAACAAAAGUGGUGUUCUACGGCCACCAGCCGACCACUGAGCUUGGCCAGAAACUGGCUUAUCUGAAUACACUGGACUCAACGGAAACUCAACCUGGUCAAUUGAUGAAGUUGUGGGAAGAGGUUGAGACUUUGUUGCCGAAAUCUGAAUUCGUCCAGUUUGAGAAAGGACGAGUGUUGGCACGAAUGGGUAAACAUGAAGAAGCUCUUCAAAUAUUCCAAUCAUUGGACAGGUUUUUCAUCAUGGCACAAGUAGAAGUGGCUCGACUAGUAAAUCAGGUAAAAGGUGACUGGGAAAAAGCUGUACGAAUUCUGAACGACACAACCGAACUAGUGCCUCGUUCCGAUACAGUCCUACGAGAGCUAGCCUUCCUUCAUCACGAGAAAGAGAACUUCAACCAAGCAGGAGACUUCUUCAGAAAUGCGGCUCUUUUAUCGUCUCAAAUAGAACAACAGAUUGAAGAUUUGGAUCACGCUUUUGAAAAUUUCGCCAUGCUUCCGAGUUGUUCGGAAACUGAAAAUAAAAAGAAACAAAUUGAAAGUUUGAAGCUACAUUUUAAAGCCAUUGCCCAUAAUGAGUAUACGGCGUUCAGAAACUAAUUUUUUUUGCAAAAUAGUUUUGCGUUUUGUACAAUUUCUACAAAUCAUAGUGCAAUAUUCGGUCAAUUUAGUUCAUUCUAUCUAAUUGCAGUAUCUUAGUGUUAGUCGAAUUGAUAAUUUGCAGUCAAA